UGUGAACGCACCCCAUCAACAAGCUCAACAAGUUUGUUUACCUUUUGACAGACACCACCAAGUGCCUUUGUUAACUACGGGUCAGGGCGACAUUAAAAAACUGUGUUGAGAAAUGGAACACAAUGACCAGUUUGAUUCUGAAAGUGAGAGUGACUCGGUAUCGUCGCGACCAUCGGAAGAGUCAUCUUACAGAUAUGAUGAAGCUGAGUGGUUGGAGCACAUCAAAACUGAUGGCUCUUUGCUGUACGUGGAGUCUUACGUUUCCAGCACAGUGAAAGAAAAACAAGUCCAAGCAUUUAAAGCCUCUAGUGGGGGUGAAAAGAAACCAGCAUUUUCUUCCCCUGUCAAGGAAAUAAAGAAGAAAAACAAAUUGCUUAGAUUGCUUCAGCGACGGCCCAGCGUUAGAGUUAAAGGUGCUCAUCGCGUAGGCGUUGGUGGUGAGAGUGGUCCGAAAGGCGGCCCAGAUCUGGCUUCGGCCCCCAAGGUGACGUUUCGAGAUAAUCCUAGUGGGGAGGUCAGGAAAGUCACUCUCCAGGUAUUUGAAGGAGGAAACAAUUUAGGUCGUCGUGCAAGUUUGUGUGAAACUGUCUUGGGUGUCGUCCCUGGUCGCUUUAGUGAACCCCCUGAUUCCAGAGUAAUGGUGGCUGGUCUUGUACCUGGCUCUCAAGCCCUUCGAAAUGGUGCUAUAAAAAUAGGUGACUGGCUGAAGGAAGUUGAUGAAACUGAUAUUACCUGGGACAAUUUGGAUGAUAUUCUAGCAGAACUGCAGAUUCCGUCCAUGAUAACACUUUCUGUUCAGAAAUGUGCAUCAGAGACCCUCCCAGCAGACCAUGAAAGUGAUCGGAAGAGGGUAACUCAAACACAGCUAGUAAAAAUUGUAACUGGCAUUGAAGCAGAUGAACCAGACACCGGAGGUUUGCAGGAGAUUCCUCAUACUGUCCUUUAUCUCAGCCUUGUUGGUGUAACAGAAGACUCUCCAGAUGGUGCUGAUAUCAGAUACCAGUUUCCAAAUUGGACCAACAAACUGGUGAAAGUGCGAGGGAUGUUCAUCACUACUGCACAUACUGUUCAGGAAGUUGUUGGUACACCAGCUUUAAGUUCAACUGUAUUGUUGGAUGGAGAGUACUAUCAUGUAGCAUACGUACGGGAACAAAAUGAUGUUUUUCUUCUUGCCUUGCCACAUUCCUAUGUAUCAAGCCAUGAGAUCAUUGCUUUAAUGGACCAACUUGCUGGAUUAAUCAAGUUCGAAUUUGAAACGCUUUCCAAAGGUGUAGGGGAGUCCAACAACAAACCGUACUUGGAUCACUUGAUGAGCCAUGUGCUUGGGACAGUGUUAGCGCAAGGCUUCGUGGAAGGCAGGAGGAUUCACCAACAGGAGAAAGGGUUUUGUGGUUUGCAGAAAAACCCAUAUCUACCUCAAAUUCCAUCCAGCGUUACUAGCUGUGUAUUUUCGUACCCUACGUGGUUGAUGUUGCAGGAUGAUGGUGAGGCCAAGCUCCAGAUAGACAACUGUCUUAGUGAACUUGAGUCAGGGGAUUUUGGAGACGACGACGAUUCAGAUUGCGAGGAUUGCGCUCCUCUUUACAACAUAUUGGGAUGUAGCCUUUUCUAUAAGGGAUAUUUAGUAGCCUCACAUCUACCCAGCGAAGAAUUAAGAAAUGUCUGGCUGUACUGUUAUCAUCAUGGUCUGCUCACACUUACUGCACAUGAAUCAGUGAGCCAGUUGGUUGCCUGGAGACCAGUGUAUCCUUACAAUGAUCCAUCAGUUCCUCAAGAUGAAGCCAUCAACCAUUACUUGCUUGUUGUUGCUAUGAAUCAUUGUCUCCUUGGCUUACUCCUAGAGGCAGGAGGAGUGACAGAACCUUUUGAAGAAAAUGCAGGACCUGAUCCUCUACUGGUAGAUCAAGCAGAAGCUUCUCUCUAUCAGCUUCAUGCAUUGCAUGUUCACGCUGUUUGUGAGCAAAGUUUGACUUGUGGUGGAAUUGAGACAGUAAUAGCUGAUGAGAAGCUGGGAAAAGGAACUCCAAUUAAGAAAACAAAAGAAAAGCCUGAGGUUGUUGAAGGAGGUAUAAGACUGCCAGAUGUGCCAUCAAUUUUGAAGCAAAAGUCAUCGCCCUUGCCGGACUCCCGGCUACAUGCCCAUGAUCACAUUGGCUGUGAAUGUGAGGGAAGUACUGGAGAAAAUAGUGAGGAAUCAUUUACUCAUAGUUCAAGGGAUUCAUCUUUGGCUUUAGAAGAUGAGGAAGAAGGUGAUGAAGAUUCAGAUUCAGAUUGGAGGAUAUUCAAGUCUACAGAGAGUCGUGGACUUCAUCAGUAUGAUCUAGAGACGAAAGGUUUGGGUCAGAGGCAGACAUCAUCUCCUGUGAGGAUAACAAGUGGAAAAGAUGCUGUGCUUUUCCAUAUGGUGCAGCUUGAAGUAGGAGAAGGAGUUCUUAUACAGCCUUUUAAUUCCUCAUGUUCUUCACCGGCAUCUUCUCUACCACAACAACCUCCACCUUUCCAUGCUCAGAUCAUGGACAACUUCAGAUUUACAUCCACGCACAUUCAUCAUGUCCUUCAUGCUGGUAUAAGAGCAAAAGAGUCUGGUGGAACCUACGGAUGCAGUACAGCACUGAAUGGCAUCAAAGAACAUGGCGUUCUUUUCAACUACAAUCCUCCCACAGGAGAUGGUGGAAAUGGAACUAAGCGAAGGACCCAGACAUUCUCAUAUUGGGUUGUAGGGAGACUGAUCCCUGCCCCUUACCAACGAGAAGUUUAUAUCUGUUACCACGAAAGCAUUCCUCAAAACAUACUUGAAUUAGCUUUUAGAACUUCAUUGGGAUCAGUAAUAUAAUCAGAGUUGACACCAGCAGUAAUAAAGGAAAAUGUCAGGGUAUCCCCUUUAGCCUAUUUUAGUUAGUUCAUCAUUAAUAUUCUCUCUUAACAGGAUUAAUCUGGGCUUAUAGAAGUAUUGUGCUAUUUGAAAUUGCUAUCAAGUAAUUUGGUGGAGUGUUGUUAGCAGCUAAAGGUUUUAAGAUUCUGACAGUAAGUUAAUCAGCAUAACCAGACCUGAGACGCAGUAUGUACAUUAUAUUUCUAAUCAUUCAGAUGGCUUGUCUAGCAUUUUUUUUCUAUCUGGAAAAAUUUAAGUAUGAUAAGUGCAAAAAGGACAGCCAAGUGGUAAGACUAAGUGACAGGCUAAAACUUAGAAGCAAUAGUUGUUGCAGCUGGUGGUGGGAGGGAUACUGUUAUGAACUUUUGGUAAUUGACAUUGAACCAAUAAAGCAUACAAAUUAAUAUCCCUACAAAGAUUUGAUAAUUAAAACAUUUUGAACAUUUGCAUUAUUUUAAAUCUUUAUCAGGGUAAGUAUCUUGUUAAUCAUCAAACACACCUGACAUUAUGUUAGAAAUAUUUGCUUCAAGCCAUCCACUUCAUUGUAGAUUUUUGAUCUGACAGUAAUUACUGUCAGAAGUCCUUUUGUUUCUUAUAUCAUCAUACUUAGAAAUGGUGUUUUACCUUUCCCAUGAUUUCUGGCUAAAAAUUAAACUAACUUUUCAAAUACUAUACUGAAGUUUGAACUGAUGAAAUUACUGGCCAAUGGGUAAUGUUUUAUACCUGGCAGCUGGUAGUGCUCUCUGUACACUAUGCAUGGUUAUGGGAGCUGUAAACUUUGGAUUAGUGGAUUAUUUGAGCGAAAAUGUUUCAUUGGCUGUUUAUUAAUCUUGUUAUUUCACUCAAUGAUUCCCCAUUAGCUCAUAUUAUAAUGGCUGACCCUCAAACGGAAGUUCACCCCAACCUUCUCACUCUUCCCAAUUAGCUCAUGCUAUGAAGAGUGCCCCUCAAAUGGAGAUAGUACUGUAUACCUCUACUUACUUUAUCUUCCCAGUUAAAGCAAAUCCAUAGGAUUGCAGCAGGAAUCAUUCUUACUUUGUAACACAGUAUAGUGUUCCCACAAAUUGUGUUUUUGGAAUUGAAAAUGAAAGCUUGAUAUGGAAAAGUACAAAUUCACUUCUGUGAUAUUUCAGAAUCUUGAUACUCAAAAGAAGGCUGACACAAGUUAAGGCCUCAUUUGGUAGUCUUCUUACUAAACACAUCUGUGAUAUGUUGUAAUUUGUUCUCAGUGAGCGCAUCUACAGGAUAUUGUUGCCACAUUAAAGGUGUUUGUGCUUUUUAAGUUUUAAUAUUUUUAUGAUUGCUGUUGAUUUUGUCAUUGUUACUUCUAUGUAUAUGUUUAAGGUGAAAAGAGUUUGUAUUCCUGAAGGAAUCAAAACAGGAACUGUCCGUCCAAGAGUGCCCAUUUGCAGUCUCGAAACUAAUAAAUUUUUUUAA